AAAUGGGAAUUCAAUGGGACGGAGGUGGUGCUUAACGAGUCUCAAAUUCGUGAAGUGGUAUCUGUUGCUCCACUUUGGCCUUUACCCAAAGUCGGCUAUUGAGCCAAAGAUGCACACGAGUCUGACGGAAACACAUGCCAAGUAUAAAAGACCCAUCGAGCGAGGCAACUCUCACCAGUUCUUCAUAACAACCUCAACGACGCACAACCUACCUUUGACACAAAUCAAGUUAUGAGGUUCAUAUCAACUUGUGCCGCUGUCCUGAUUGCCAUGUCUAUCGUGAGCAUUGUCCGGGAGAGCGACUGUUUGACCCAAGAGGAGCGCUCAUUUCUGUCCUCAGAGUUGAGGUCAUGGCUGGUGGAGGCCAAUCAAGGUCUCAUCCAGCCAGAGUACGCCACUUUACCAGCGGAUCAAUCAGCCUUCGUCAGCCUCUUGGAUCGGCGGCUCAGGAACGAUGGCAAGGCUCAAGGGAAAAGCGGCGACAAGUGGAACAACAUUGGGAUGCACAACCUGUUCCGGUUGGACAAGAGGAGCCGAUUGUAGAUUAUUCGCAUUUGUUGUUGUAGAAGCUUAAUUUGAUCGACUCGAUCUGAAAUAUCUUGCUUAACGAUUGGAAAUUUGAAGCUCUUCAAGAUUGUUGAAAUAUAUAAUUAGAUUCUAC